AGCCAUAGAUAGACGGUCUGGCUUAAGUAUAAAGUUGUAGGCAGGAGGCAGAACACAUUACUGUAACGAGCAUUUAAGAAUCCGUUGGUUAAUUCUUAACAAAUUGUGGAUAGUGACAUAGUAAAUAUUUUACUCUUUGUUAAUGAUAAGACUAGAUGGUUAAAUAUUGAAUAGUGAUUUGUGACCACCAACGUACACACACUACAGUGUACGUGUAACACGUAGUAAGAGGAUCUAGAAUUGCCUUUGUAGUUUGUAAGCUAGAAAUAUUAAAUAUUGCGAUUUCUGGGAGUACAACUGACUACCUACUAAAUUUACUUGCGAUCAUAAGGAAAUUAGCCAGGAUCUGAUAAACAACAUGCAGAGUGUUAUUAAUACUGUAAAAGGAACGGCUUUAGGAGUUGCCGGUUAUUUGACACCAGUUCUGAAGGAAUCAAAAUUUCAAGAGACUGGUGUGUUAACUCCAGAGGAGUUUGUGGCCGCCGGUGAUCAUUUGGUACAUCACUGCCCGACCUGGCAAUGGGCAAAGGGGGAGGAGGCCAAGAUCAAACCUUAUCUGCCAGCUGAUAAACAAUUCCUUGUUACAAGAAAUGUACCUUGCUACAGGAGAUGUAAACAGAUUGAAUACUGCGAAGACAAUGAAAAAAUAAUUGAAGAUGAACAGGAUGAGGAUGGGGGCUGGGUAGAUACACAUCAUUAUGAUUCUGCCGGUUCACCAACAGUUGAGGAGAAGGUAUGUGAAAUGACUCUGGAAGCUGCUGAGACUGGAGACAGUGAUGGAGGUGGUGAUGAAGAAGAUGAUGAUGAUGAAGAAGAUGGAGAUGAUGGCGAGGCUGAGGAUAUGGAGCAGUUUCAGGAGUCUGGACUUUUGGAUGAAGUUGACCCGUCUACAGCGCUGGCGCCACGUAAAGAAGUAAAACAGAAGGAGCGCAAACAGAAGACUGACGGGGACGAGAUCGUACGGACUCGAACCUACGACCUCCACAUCACGUACGACAAGUACUACCAGACGCCGAGGCUGUGGCUCAUCGGGUAUAACGAGGACCGCAAGUUGCUGACAGAGAGAGAGACUUACGAGGACGUGUCCCAAGACCACGCCAAGAAGACUGUCACCAUGGAGACCCACCCGCACCUCUCCGGACCCAGCUUGGCCUCUGUCCAUCCGUGCAGGCACGCGGAGGUGAUGAAGAAGAUAAUAGAGACGGUGACGGAGAGUGGCGGAGAGAUGGGCGUCCACUCGUACCUCAUCGUGUUCCUCAAAUUUGUGCAGACUGUCAUACCCACGGUGGAGUAUGACUUCACACAGAACUUCUCCAUGAACUAGACCAUGGACCUCACCAGCACCGCUCGAUGAGGAGUUGAACACCAAAGAAUAACUGACACAUACAUGGCAUUUACAACCAAACCAGCUUAAGCAGAGCAGUUAAGGAAUUUAUUAUUUUAUAUAAUAUAAAAUGUGUACUCGAUGAAAUGUUGAAAAAACACAAAACAAAAUGGAAACAGUUAAAUAUAAAUGUCUUAGAUCAUUUAUACGUCCAGAUAGACUUUGACAGCUGUGAAAACGUCGAAAAAAUUGAGGUUGACAGUUAACCUCUAUUUCCAGCUUUUCGUUUAUUCAUGAAGAGACCGCUAUAUAUAGCAGAGUUGAUUAAUAAAGGCAUAAAAGGCAUUUAUUUUCUCAAAAUUGAUUCCUUUAGAAUUCUUUUUGAUGUCAUUUCUAAUAUACUAGACACUUUCUAUCUCUUCGGAAACAAAUGGCCCUUUGAGAGAGAGUAGAAGCGGCGCAAGAAACUCUACCAGCAUUGUUUUUGCUCUCUUUAUAAUCAAACUAGCUGACCCGGCAAACGUUGUUUUGCCAUAUAAAGUAUAAUUCACGCGAUAGUUUUAUAAGUAAUAAAAUAUUGCCUAUAUUAUAGCCUGUACAUCAUUUUGUUCUAUUGUCAAUAGUUUUUGCAGCGCACGCAAAAAUAGGUUUCCGAUUUUACACCUUGUGUUACAAAAUAGCAAUUUUAUUACGGAUCCUUAAUUUAGAAAAAAAAAAACAUAGCCUAUAGCCUUCCUCGAUAAAUGGACUACCCAACACUGAAUCAUUCAAAUCGGACCAGUAGUACCAGAGAUUAGCGCGUUCAAACAAACAAACAAACAAACACUGCAGCUUUAUAAUAUUAGUAUAGAUAUACAAUAUUGUAUUGUCAUUACUAAUAUACACUCGUCAUUGGCGAAAUGUAAAGGAUAUGCUAUCAAGCCAAACAAUAAUAAUUAUUAUUAUAACAAAGUGAAAAAAACUACACACUGAAGUAAUAAACCUGGCCUGUUUUCAUCAGUUGUCUAGCAGCAAGAGGCUCUAUCUAGGACAUGUAAAUUAUCGAAGAUAAAUGUAAUAAUGAAAAAGAUGUGAGUUAUUCCUUUGAAGAAUAUCAUUCCAGGGAUGAUCAGAUAUUAAAUAGGGAACGAUAGGGUUAUUAGUUAAAUAUAUUUCUAAUUAUAUUUGAUUCUCAGUUGAUAUUUUAUUACGCUCAAAAGUUAGCUAGCUAGGCUAUUAAAUUAGGUCAAAAUGCAAUUUUGAUAUAAAUACUCUGUUAUGUUGAUGGCCUUAAGUAAUUGUAAUCACUAUCCCCCUUAUUAAUAAUGGUCGGCUAACUUAAAACAGCCGCUAAGGAGUGUUUUUUCUCAUUCUGACUUAGGUCAAUAGAAGAAGACAGAGUGAGAAUUAGCAAUGCUUUCAGUUAGCAGACUAUUAUGAAUAAGGGGGUAUAAAUUAUUAAUUAUUAUCGCUUAGCAAAGAUCUAUUUUACUGUAGUUAAGUAUGUAGGAUAUUGAACGCUAUAUUUUUAAUGCAAGUACAUAUCUGUAAUGUAAACUGUACAUAAUAAUUCUAUACUUUGUUAACUUUGCCAAGGUAAUAAGUUACAUUUAGUGUCGGUAAAAUACAGAUUAUAUCGAGUCUGGACAAAAUAUUGUUUUAUUUUAUUACGUAAAGCAAUCUUAAUAAAACUAUGUAAGUGAUUUAUUUAUUUUAAACUAUCCUAAUGUUGUAAUUUUUAUUGAGUGUAAAUUCCGUUUUUCCGGUUUUGUCUUCAAUCAACUCGACACGUGUUUCGUCUCUGCACGAGGCAUCCUCAGGAGAUGUUGACUCUUGCCAAAUUCUAGCACGAGUAUCGUGGCGAAACACGUGUCGAAUUAAGUAAUGACAAAACUGAAUUUACGCUCAAUUAAAAUAAAUUUGGAUAAAUAUGUUUUUAUUUUGCAAAGUAAUUCAUUUUUUUUUAUUAAAAUCUGUUAGUAAUUUCUACCUGUGGCUCUAAUGUUGGUCUUUAAUUUGUCUGGUCACGAAUCUAGGCAUUUAGGUACUGUUUCAAAGGGAAAUUCGUAACGACGCACGCACACAGACUCAGGUCUCAACAAGGCCAAUGAGCGGGAGUCGCGUCGACGUUGAGACACGCGUGACACCUGCUAUGUGUGCGUGCGUCAUAUGACUUACUGUAUUAGGUUAGCAUGUUACAUGUUUUAUGUUAUGUUUGUCGCGAUAUUACACUGGAUACAUUUUAAAUGGUUUCGUAAAGCAUUUAUUGAAUUAUUUUAAUUUUUUUUAAACGUGUUGAUAAAAUGUCUUUUAUUCGACUGUUAUCUAUGAUAAAUAUCAGAUCUUGCCCAAAUGUACAAAACAAUCGGAUUUUAAUAAAUUUAAUAAUUAAUUAUGUAAUUUAGAACCUUUUUUUAUUUCUUGUAUCAUUGACGCUGUAUUUCAUAUUGUAGUUUUGUAUUAAAAGACCAGUUACGCUCCUGUGAUUCCUCCGCUAUAGUAAUAGGUCAUUAUAGGCUUCGGUGAUCAUUUUUGGCUGGCAUUGCGUGCUUAACAAACGAGUACCGAAUACAUAAAAUAUAUUUGGAAAAAAUGAACCGAAACUCUACAUGAUAGGUACAAAGCAACAUAAUUUAUACGUAGAAAAGCAAUUUGAAGUAUUUAGCGCACUAUAUUUUCGUACUCGAAUAUAUUUCGUAGUUAUUUUUAAAAAUUGUUUAAAAUUGUCGUACUGUCACGCUUCUCAAAAGAACAAACAAAAUCUGUCUGCCUGUGUCAACCCAACGCCCUGUUUAUAUAACAGCUGCGAGAAAUUAAUAAGUAAUUUUAAUUGCCGUAUAACGGUAUGUAAUGUACAUAUUUUCAGAGCGAUCGAAAGUCAAAAUUUAUACAGAUAAUAAUCUGUAUUAGUCCUUAUCUUGCGAGUUAACAGACAGUCGGAAUUAAUAACGGAAGCAUCACUACCCACAACCGUACGAGUAGGGUAAUGUAUCAUAGACGCACCUAAACACAUAGUCGGAUUUGGUACGGCGGAACGGACGGUCUUGUAGGUGCCUCUCACCAAAGACCGGGUCUUACUCGGUACGGUCCGUGUCCGAUGGUUUGGCCGUACCAAAUGCAAUCAUGUGUUUAUAUCUAGCAUACCCUACCGUCUCACAGCAGCGCGCGGCUUAUCUGUGGCAAAAACAGUUUCGUUGGGUGCGCCCCGAACACUGUUACUUCUACUGGUACUUGUGUGAUGUGACCUUAAUAUAACCGUUAGUUCCUCACUAAAAUGUACAGUCACUUGUUUUAAAAUAACCGCCAGCCGUUUUGAUAUUACGCUGUUGUAUAUUUGAUAUUAAUAAAUAUGAUCUAUAUGUA